AUGCCCUCACCAGAGGACAUCCAAGCAUUUGUAAUGGCUUCCGGUUCUACUAAUGCUUCUAACAGAGCCAUUGUCACACAGUCAGCUAUCACAACCUCACCUUCUGUUCAAGGGGUCUUUUCUUCUCAGUUUCUCCAACCUGCAUUUGGUUCUUGUGUCAAAGCGGAAAGAUUGGUAUCCUUAGAUAAGGUUGCUAGUAACAGAGUACAAAUACAGGGGCAGCGGCAACGACCCCAAUCCUCAAUGACUCAGCAACACCAGGUUCAAUCACAGUUUGCUUCCUUUCAACAGAGACUCUGCACUCAGUCAAACUACCAAGAUUCGUCUGUUUUACAUAAUUCCGACAAUCAAUCUCCACCUUCAAAUUUGCAUGAGAUUACAGAUUACGUUUUGCCACAAUCUGCUGCCGCCAAUGCUGAUAAUCUGUGCUCACUGUCUUUCACAUCCAAUAUCGACAGCGAUGCUUCCCUGAAUGGAGGGAGUCUAUUAGAUGACAAUAAAGCCGAUAACACUACCUCGCAGUCGUUUUAUUCCGAAUUUCCGGACAGAAGAGGCCUCUAUCCAUAUUCUCCAUUGGCUUCUACAUCAUCUCUCCAGUCUCCUCAUACUCAUUCGCUGUCUUUAGACUCAACUGUGGUAUCAUCAUCUGUUUCCAGUAUUCAAUCACCUGUAUCUGAUGACUAUCGACGUAAAAGGCCAAGAAAAAUCAACUCUUCGGCAUCGAUUAUCGAUCCUACAGAGAGGCAAUUGGUUGAUACGGCUCGCAGAGAGUCUGGUAAGGAUUUGAAUGAACUUUCUGCAUCAAUUACACUGACAGAACAGCUCAUAUCUUCCAAGAUCAAAGAGCGUGCUAGUCCUUUAUUUGGUAAAGCGCCUACCGGUAAAGAGAUCAAGCUGUUGGAGUCUCAGAAGAAACACCAAAGGCAAGUCUUUGCUAUGGUGGUUCUUCUGAGGUCUGUUCUACCAAAGGAAGCUGCAAUUUGUCCGAGAAACCGCAUUUACAACAAAUAUGUCAAUAUUUGCCGACAGUACGGGUUGAUACCGAUCUGUAACGCUUCCUUUGGUAAGCUAGUGAAGCUGUCGUUCCCAAACAUCAAAACGCGAAGACUCGGAAUUAGAGGUUCCAGUAGGUAUCAUUACUGUGGACUUAAGCUCAUUGAUGAUAGCGAGUCUCUUGAUUAUGUGACGCCACCAUCUGCCCGUUCCACGCCUAGUGACUAUCAUUCUACUCCUCUUGGUAUAUAUCAAACACCCGGUAGUAGCAAAUUUUCUGAGGAUAGUGGCGCCAAUGGAAGUUUCAGCGUCUGCUUUGAAGAACAUCUUUUCCGGUACUUCAAUGAUAAAGUCCCGCAGUUCCAGCCUUCUGUCGAUAAGUAUUUGAUGCUAUGCGGAGAUCUGGAGGACAAGGCUUUUCAGGAAUUUGCCCAAGUGUAUACGAGCUUUACUCUUCGAGUUUUCCAGAAUUUGCGCUACAUGAAGGUGAAAACUCUCUUUGACGAAUUGGCUAAUUUCAACUUGCAAGAUGGAACGCUUAGUCCUGAGGCCUUAAACUGCCUUCAAAUAAAGCAAGAACAUGUUUCUUACUUUGUUUCACGAUGCGAUUCCGACUUGUACAGUUGUUGUAUUAAACUUCUCUCCAAAACUGUUUUCCAGAACGUUCCUGAGGCUGUUCGUGCACAGAUUUCCAAUCUGGAUACAAGAUUAUUAUCUGCAUUGGAUAAGAUGAGUGCUCCCGAGUAUAUCAAGAAGGCCAAAAGAGAACCUUUGAAGAGGUUUGUUACCUUGGUAUCACAGCUAUGCAAAGUGAUCAGUAGUGCAGCCAAUUUAGCCGAUGCCAUGAUUCAACCAGAGACUAGAAAUACUCUAUUGCAAGAUUAUUCAAUGCUUGAUAUAGAGACUAUUGUUAAUGAGGACUUGGUUCUACCUGAAGAAUUUAAAAAUAGAGCCAUAUUUCUGUUGGAAAAUGACUGCAUGGAGAUGUUUCAAAAGCUUUCCGCUUUGAGUAAUGGCGAAGAUAAGCCGAUUGGUAGUAUUAUCAUUCAAACCAUCAGCAGCUAUCUUCUCAGAUUCCCUUCAAACUUUCGUACUAUGUCACCGACGGAUUUUUUAUUGUGCAUUAGUUCACUUGUGGGAUCUCUACUGAGACAGCUAACUCAUCAGGGUACUCUAACCAACUUUGACGUUUGGUGGAAGGCCAAUUGCUGGGUUUCCGAGUUUUUCAAUCUUAUUGGAGGACUUGGAGCUUUCUUGAAGAAGAAUUCGAUGAAAUGA